AUGAAAGGGGAGUUCACUGUCAAGGAUUUUGACAUAAAUAGGAUUAUUCAAGGAAAAGCGCCAUUGGACACAACGUCGCGCACUUGCAGAACGCAAGUUCGGAAAUUAUGCUCUCGAUAUUUAAAUGUCAAGCAUUUACACUCAGUACGGCAUAGUAAGGCAGCAAAACUAUAUUUUGUAAAAAGACAAGACAUUCAAACACAUGCUGUUCUACGAGGGGUCGAAGAAGUCAAAGCUCCAACUUUUCCCGACUCGGUCUCUAGUGGGGACGUAAAAUUGAUAAAGAAAGAAGGGGACGCUGUCGCCAUGGACGAGGUGGUCUUGGAAAUAGAGACCGACAAAACAGCCUUACCAGUGAUGUCGCCGGGUCACGGAACGAUCGCCAAGAUGCUAGUGAAGGAGGGCCAGUCAGUGAAGUCACAACAACCGCUGUUCACGGUUAACGUAACUGGUGUAGCACCGGCAGCUACUUCGCCUGCACCGGCAGCGGCCACGGCGCCACCAGCCGCAGCCGCACCCGCACCCGCACCUGCUACUGCCCGUGCGCCUGUUGCCGCUCCCGCACCUACCACUGCUGCCGCUGGGAAAAAACAGGCUGCACCUACUGUUGUAAAGAAGGCCGCCGCACCGGCUGGACCUACCUUAGCCGCGAAGAUAAUAGGCGAUCCAACCAAAACUAUUUCCGGCACACGCACCGAACAUCCAGUAGAAAUGAACAGAAUGCGCAAACGUAUAGCUGAGAGGCUAAAAGAGGCCCAAAACACUACUGCAAUGUUGACGACAUUUAAUGAAUGUGAUAUGAGCAAACUUAUGGCAUUCCGGAAAGCCAAUCUGGAAACGUUCACGAAGAAAUACGGCGUCAAGUUAUCUUUCAUGUCGCCAUUUUUAAAAGCCUCGGCCAAUGCACUCAUGGAUCAGCCGGUCAUCAACGGCGUUAUAAUGGGCGAUAACAUUGUUUACAGAGAUUACGUUGACAUAUCCGUAGCAGUAGCUACUCCAAGAGGUCUGGUGACACCUGUAGUUCGGAACGUAGAAUCCAUGGACUUCCCUCGAAUCGAGCUUGCCAUAGCUGCGCUUGCAGAAAAAGCUAGAAAUGGGCGACUGACUCCAGGUGACAUGCAAGGUGGCACGUUCACGAUCAGCAACGGCGGCGUGUUCGGCUCGCUGCUCUCUAUGCCGAUUAUUAAUAUGCCACAGUCUGCGAUACUGGGCAUGCACGCGAUUGUGCAACGACCCGUCGCCUUGGCAGGCAAGGUGGAAAUAAGACCAAUGAUGUACUUGGCUUUAUCGUACGACCACCGAUUGAUUGAUGGACGCGAAGCAGUGAUGUUUCUACGGAAAGUGAAAUCCGGAGUUGAGGAUCCCACGUCAAUUCUAGCUGGAAUUUAA